AUGAAUAGCGAUCAAGUUUCACUGGUUGGUCAAGUGUUUGAGUCAUAUGUUUCGGAAUACCAUAAGAACGAUAUUCUUCUCAUCUUGAAGGAAAGAGAUGAAGAUGCUCAUUACCCACUUGUGGUUAAUGCCAUGACCCUUUUUGAGACCAACAUGGAAAUCGGGGAAUAUUUCAACGCGUUCCCUAAUGAAGUGCUAACUAUUUUUGAUAGUGCACUUCAAAGAUCAGCCUUGACAAUUCUCCAGUCCCUUUCUCAGCCUGAAGGUGUCUCCAUGAAGCAGAAUCUUCACACCAGGAUAUCAGGAUUGCCUGUUUGUCCUGAGCUGGUGAGGGAGCAUAUCCCUAGAACCAAGGAUGUGGGACACUUUUUAUCUGUCACUGGGACAGUGAUUCGAACGAGUCUGGUGAAGAUCCUGGAGUUUGAGCGGGAUUACAUGUGUAAGAAAUGCAAGCAUGUAUUUGUGGUCAGGGCUGACUUUGAGCAGUAUUAUACCUUCUGUCGGCCAUCCUCAUGUCCCAGCUUGGAGAGCUGUGAUUCUGCAAAAUUCACUUGCCUCUCAGACUUGUCUUCAUCUCCAGCUAGGUGUAGAGAUUAUCAGGAAAUCAAAAUUCAGGAACAGGUUCAAAGGCUAUCUGUUGGAAGUAUCCCACGAACAAUGAAGGUUAUCCUGGAAGAUGACUUAGUAGACAGUUGCAAAUCUGGUGAUGACCUCACUAUUUAUGGGGUUGUAAUGCAACGGUGGAAGCCCUUUCAGCAAGAUGUGCGCUGUGAAGUGGAGAUAGUCCUGAAAGCCAAUUACGUCCAAGUAAAUAAUGAGCAGUCUGCAGGGAUCAACAUGGAUGAGGAGGUCCGAAAAGAAUUUGAAGAUUUUUGGGAAUACUAUAAGAGCGAUCCUUUUGCAGGAAGGAAUGAAAUAUUGGCUAGCUUGUGCCCUCAAGUUUUUGGAAUGUACCUAGUAAAGCUUGCUGUGGCCCUGGUGCUGGCUGGUGGGAUUCAAAGGACCGAUGCUACAGGAACACGGGUCAGAGGUGAAUCUCAUCUUUUAUUGGUUGGGGAUCCUGGCACAGGGAAAUCUCAAUUCCUCAAAUAUGCAGCAAAAAUUACACCAAGGUCUGUGCUGACCACAGGAAUUGGAUCUACUAGUGCAGGUCUGACGGUAACUGCUGUAAAAGACUCAGGAGAAUGGAAUUUGGAGGCUGGGGCUUUAGUCCUUGCAGAUGCAGGCCUUUGCUGUAUUGAUGAGUUUAAUAGCCUCAAAGAGCAUGACAGAACCAGUAUCCACGAAGCAAUGGAGCAACAAACCAUAAGUGUUGCUAAGGCUGGCCUCGUGUGCAAGCUGAACACAAGGACCACCAUCCUCGCAGCAACCAACCCCAAAGGCCAGUACGACCCCCGUGAGUCUGUGUCAGUGAACAUUGCCCUUGGCAGCCCACUCUUAAGUCGAUUCGACCUGAUCCUGGUUUUGCUUGAUACCAAGAAUGAAGACUGGGAUCGUAUAAUUUCUGCCUUUAUCUUAGAAAACAAAGGUUAUCCAAGCAAAUCAGAGAAGCUCUGGAGCAUGGAAAAGAUGAAAACCUAUUUCUGCCUCAUUAGGAAUCUGCAGCCCACACUGUCUAAUGAGGGUAAUCAAGUUCUCCUGCGGUACUACCAGAUGCAGAGGCAGAGCGAUUCCCGGAACGCUGCCCGGACAACCAUCCGCCUGCUGGAAAGCUUGAUACGAUUAGCAGAAGCUCAUGCUCGCCUGAUGUUCCGUGACACAGUGACUCUGGAAGAUGCUAUUACAGUGGUGUCGGUAAUGGAGUCCUCCAUGCAGGGGGGUGCUCUGCUGGGAGGUGUGAAUGCACUCCACACAUCCUUUCCUGAUAACCCUCUGGAGCAGUACCAGAAGCAGUGUGAACUUAUUCUGGAAAAGCUGGAGCUGCACAGCCUCUUAAGGGAAGAGCUAAGAAGACUUGAAAGGUUACAGAAUCAGAGUGUGUGUCAACACCAGCCACGGGCAAUGGAAGCAGAGACGACUUCAGGGUCCCUGAGAGAUGAUCCAGGGGAAGAAUCAAAGCCCAGACCAUCAGCNCAGCAGGAAGUGAACUGUAGCACACAUCUGUCCUCUACUGGAGGCAGGCCCGGGGGAAGCCCACUUCUCAAUCCCCCAUCCCAUCUGGGGCCCGAUAGACUGACAAGUAGAAGGCAUUCAGCUGAGCACAAAAAUAGCCAAGAUGACAGUUUGGACUGGUUUGACUCCAUAGCAACUCAUCCGAUGGAACCUAAAAACACUGUUCCUGUGUCUCCUAGUCCCAAAACAACUCGGGGGGAAAUGGCUUUGAAAAUCUCCAACAACAAAUCUCAGGGUAAGGAGAAAAGGGAGCCAGGCCAAAGGAGCAAAUUGGAAACUGGACCACUUCCAACACCAGAAGAGGCAGAACCUCCACUGAGGCCAGACAGCCUUGAGGGUGAAAAGGCAAAAAAGGCAGCAAUGGUUUCUGAAGCAGCAGUAUCUGCUGAUGAGCCAGACUCAGUGCUGACUCAUCACGUCCCCAGAAAACUGCACAAGCUGCGCAAGGAGAGGGCCCAGGAGUUGUGCAGGAAUCCCGCCAGGCCGCCCUCGCAGCCCACAAGCUCUCCUCAUCCUCGGCCCACUCCUGUAGAGAGCCCAGAGAGAGUGCUUGGAACUCCCAAAAGAAAGAGACAGAAAUCCCUUGGUCGGGUGCAAGAGCCCUACCUUGAAAGUGUUGAGAGUCCGGGUCCCCCUGUGGCCAAACUAGCAAAAUUUACUUUCAAACAGAAGUCAAAACUGAUCCACUCUCCUGAAGAUUGCAGCCAUGUGUCUCCUGGCACAAGUAAAACAGCAGUUCAGAGUCCUGAAAUUCCCCGACGUAGAGCAAGAGGAAAAGCAGCUCUGCCUGGGAAGGGUCCAGAAAAGCUGGCCUCUACCUCAGAAGUCAGAAGCCCAGCUCAGCUGCAAGAUAAGACAAAGGAGGUGUCACGGCAGCCACCGGACAAAGACGGACCGAGAGAGAAGAGGGAAUGUGCCUCUGCAAAGGGAGCUGUCCAGCCUGAAUUAGAGCUUGGGAGCAACACUGGGCGUUUCCAUCUUGCUUCUGAAAGAGACAGAAAGGAAGAGGUUUCGUGCCAUAGUAAAAGUGGCAAGGUUCAUGCUUGCACAUUAGCGAGAUUGGCAGACUUCUCCUUUACUUCCCCCUCUGAAUCCAAAUCAGAAUCCCCUCCUCGUCCUGAAAGUAAGAACCCAGGUGAGGGAGGCCCCAGCCCUCUUCUUGUGACUGCAGCUACAGUGCUUGGCAGGAAAAGGAAAACUUUUCAGCUGGGGGGAUCCACUGAGAGACUGAGUCUUUCCAAAACAUCUCUCUUCACUUUACUGGAACUAGACGAUGAACCAUUAGACUUUGAUUGGGAUGAAGAAAUGAGAAAAAAGCCAUAA